AUGAGUUACAACUACAAUCAGUACCAAGCUCCUGCAGGAGUAUAUCCUCCACCUCCCACUUCAUAUCCACCCCCACCUGGUUCAUACUAUCCACCAAACCAGCGGUCGUAUCCUCCGCCUCGUCCACCACGACAAUCUUAUCCACCACCAGUCCAAGGGUACCCUCAAGGUCAUUUUGUUGCACCACCUCCGGUUAGUUACCCUACGAAAAACGGCCCUCAAUACCAACCACCACCUCCUCCAGAAACUAAGAACAGGGGUGAUGGAUUUUGCAGUGGAUGGUAA